AUGACGGACGGCCUACCAACCACAUACUCAGACCCAGUCCACAUCGCUGUAAUCGGCGGCACAGGGCUGCAACAACUCCCCGGCUAUGUGCCAGUUGCAGUUCUCAACCCUCUCACGCCAUGGGGCCACGCCUCCGCCCCAAUCCACAUCCUCAAGCACAACAACACUCCCAUAGCCUUCCUAUCGCGACACGGAGAACACCACCAAUUCGCACCACAUGAGGUGCCGAACAGAGCCAAUAUCGCAGCGCUGAGAAGUAUUGGUGUGAGAUGUGUAAUUGCUUUUAGCGCUGUUGGGAGUUUGAGGGAGGAGAUUAAGCCGAGGGAUUUUGUGGUGCCAGAUCAGAUUAUUGAUCGGACCAAAGGUGUACGGCCUUUUACUUUCUUCGAGAAGGGUGUUGUAGGGCAUGUGGGUUUUGCGGAUCCGUUUGAUGACAAGCUUGCAAAGGUAGUAAGAGAGUGCGGCCACGCCCUAGCUGGUGAUGGUGUCGUCUUGCACGACCAGGGAACUGUAAUCUGUAUGGAGGGCCCUCAGUUCUCCACUCGCGCUGAAUCAAACAUGUACCGUGCCUGGGGCGGUUCCAUCAUCAACAUGUCUGCUCUCCCCGAAUCCAAACUUGCCCGCGAAGCUGAGAUAUCUUAUCAAAUGAUUUGCAUGGCAACUGAUUACGACUGUUGGCACUCGUCAGAGGACGUCGACGUCGAGAUGGUUAUGGCCAAUAUGGGUGCCAAUGGCGACAAUGCGAAGAGGCUAGUUGGCGCCGUGUUGGAUGAGUUGAGCAAGGAGGGGCACGAGGCAUUAGUUGGUGGCAAGCAUUGGGAGGGUAGUGUGGCUGGGAUGUUGAAAUUUAUGACAAAAGAGAAAGGGAGGGGUGAGGAGGGUGCUAAGAACGCGGAGUUUUUGUUCCCACAGGUGUGGCAAUAG